CUGCGUCGGGCCACUCACUCACUCGCUCGCUGCCUGCCAUGGCUCUCCGAACCCUCUUCACCAAGAAAGCCCUAACUCGAGCUUCCGGCUUGGGGCCCCUUGGUGCGGCCGCCGGGGAUCGGGGCCUUGGAUCGGGUCUCGGCCAGGCGCGGGGCCUCACGGCCGCCAGCCUCCCGGACCUGCCCUACGACUACGGCGCCCUCGAGCCCGCCAUCAGCGGCGAGAUCAUGCGGCUCCACCACCAGAGGCACCACCAGGCGUACGUAACCAACUACAACAACGCCCUCGAGCAGCUCGAGGCGGCCGUAGCCAAGGGGGACGCCCCGGCGGUGGUCCGGCUGCAGGGCGCCAUCAAGUUCAAUGGUGGAGGUCAUAUCAACCACUCGAUCUUCUGGAACAACCUCAAGCCUGUAAAAGAAGGUGGCGGUGAGCCUCCACACAGUGCACUUGGUUGGGCAAUCGACACAGACUUUGGUUCCUUAGAGGCUUUGGUGCAGAAAAUGAAUGCAGAAGGUGCUGCUCUACAGGGAUCUGGAUGGGUGUGGCUAGCUCUGGAUAAGGGAAGUAAGAAACUCAGCGUUGAGACCACUGCAAAUCAGGAUCCACUGGUGACAAAAGGUUUGCACAUGGUUCCUUUGCUUGGUAUUGAUGUUUGGGAACAUGCAUACUACCUGCAGUACAAGAAUGUAAGACCAGACUAUCUGAAAAACAUAUGGGAUGUGAUAAACUGGAAAUAUGCCAGUGAAGUGUAUGAGAAAGAGACUGCAUAAUGUUUGCUUUCAUUCUCUUCCCGGUCGUGUUUAAUCUCGAGGAAUUUUGUAUCAAAUAAGGUAGUUGUCGUGACAUGACGGAAAUUACACUUCAUUGCUUUCAAUUAAAUCUGCAGUAUCUAUCAAUGCCCCAGGUUUUUCUCUUUACCAGUAGAUCUACUCAUGUAUCAAUUUAGCAACUGGAGUAUAUAUGGUACCUGUCAAUAAAUUCAUCGGAUUUCGGAAAAAA